GCUCAGUCUAAUUUUGCCCUUUCAUACUUGACACCAAUCGCAAACCCGGAAGUUCGUGUAAUAAGUUUCUCAGCACUGCACCGGCGGCCAAAUCUAAAAUUCAUUUUGCUAAUGAACAAUUUGUGAGCUGUCUUUUUUAGUGCCCAUCUAUAGAGAAAUCACAACGCAAGCUUCUUUUAAGUGACCAUGAAUGUGGAACAUGAAAUUGAACUCUUGAAGACAGAAAUGCAAAGACUGGGCAGUCCAAAUGCUGAUGGUAAAAUCUCUGUCAAGUUUGGCGUCCUCUUUAGUGAUGAUCGUUGUGCGAAUAUAUUUGAAGCCUUAGUUGGAACAUUGAGAGCUGCUAAGAGGAAGAAGAUUGUGAAGUAUGAUGGAGAGCUGCUUCUACAAGGCGUUCACGAUAAUGUUGAUAUAGUUCUACUAGUUGCAGCUGAAUAACAACAUUUAAUGUACUGCAGUAUAUAUGCAUCAGUAUAGGGCUUAAAGAACUUCCCUUCUUUCAAUAAUGAUAAUUAAUGACCACCCUAAAAAAGAUCACCUUUAAUUAAUGAUGACUUUUCUGGGAACCUGGAUAGAUGCUUACUUUUUUUUUCUUUUAUUAUAAAUAUUUUUCUAAUUAAAGACCAAACAGUGAAAACCUUCUUUGAUUAGAGGGAUAUCUGUUUUAACAUAUGACACAGAGUUGGGUUUCAGAAUCUCCACCACCAUAAGGGGUUCAAAUCCUAGGGUGUUCAUUCACCAGACAGCAAGCCAUUUUAUCUCCUACCAUCUGGUGAAGCAUUCCAUCAUGUUAAACUAAAAUUGCAACAGCUGAUGCUUUUUUUUAUCUUGUGUAUAUUGUUUCAAUAAUAGUAAUUGUUUUAAUUAUAAUAAUAUUUUUUUUAUAAUAUAUCAUUGUUAAACUUUAUUUUUUUAUUACUAAUAAAGAACAAACCCUAUAAACAUAUGUUUUUAUUUAUUUUUAUAAUACUGUGUAUUGUUCUACACUCUGCACAAUACUUUUAAUACUUUUUCAUAUAAUACUAUGCUAUAUAUUAUGGUUCCAAUAUAAUAUGAUUCAUAAUAUAUAGUGAAAACAUGUAGAAUAAUGCAUUAUUGUUUGACCAUAAUGAGGUUUUUAAAGAAAAGAAUAUUAACCAAAGAGAAGAGGUAAAAACAACUCGUCUGGGAGAAGCAUAGACUCUAAAAUCAAUGAAAUAAGCCUUGAAACUCAUACUUGUUAAAAUUUCCAUGGGACCACUUCUCAGAAAUUUUGAGUAACGCCCAACUACACAUACAUUCCCCCUCCCCUCCGGUUACAGACAUUGACCCCCGUCAGGGUAAUCUUGGUGCCGCCCUUGCUGAGAAAGGAAUUCUGUUCGCAGUAUAAUGUCCAAUUUGUAGGCAGUAAGAUAGUACACACAUUCCAACAAACCUAAGCUAAAAAUUAGUUAUAAUACUAAAUUAUUUUAUGUAUUAAAAGAAAUAAAUAAUACAAAUUCUUUUGACAAAGCAAAAAUUUGAAA